AUGGCGUCUGUGAAGCUUUCGGACAGAAAAGACAAAUGGGAAUGGAGAGGGGGUUGUGAUUCUUGCUUCUCGGUGGCUGCGAUAAAGAGUUUUCUGCGCAGUAAUACCGACUUCAGCAGCAACUAUGCUUUUAAAUGGUCGAAAUGGGUCCCGAAGAAGGUUAAUAUUCUGGUAUGGCGAGCUCAAAUGGGUCGGAUUGCAACGCUGGAUGCUCUUAUCAAACGGAAUUGUUUUAACGGGGAGAAUAGGUGUAUCAUGUGUGGCGAUGGCAGUGAAACGGCGGAACACCUUUUCUGUACCUGUGUGGUGGCUUCGGAGGUGUGGGCUCGAAUUAGUAGAUGGGCUCAUGUUGGGCCGAUUUAUGCCUUCUCGCUGAGUGACUUGCUCGAAGUCCAUGAGUUCUCCGGAUUGGGGAAUAAAGCUAAAGAUAUUCUUAAAGGCGUUAUAAUGAUCGUCUUGUGGUGUAUUUGGAAAGCUAGGAACGGAAGAAGAUUUUCGGAUUCUCACAAAUCGGCGGAUAAAAUUGUGCAGGACGUUAAGUCGCUGGGGUUUUUGUGGUAUAGCAAUAGAUCUAAAUGUAAAGAUGUUUCGUGGGAGAAUUGGGUUUCUUUUUCUUUGAUGUAA